AUGUCCGCAAACGAUUGCUCGGCAAGUUUGUAGGUUAGGAAGUGUAGUAUUGUGAGUAGUGUUGAGAUGAAGACGUUCGGUAUUAGUUGACAUCGAGGAGUCCCCAAAACUUUUAAUAAUGGAGGACUGCUUUGAUUUUGACUUGGAUUUCUUCGAGCAGAAUCAACCGACGACUGGAGAGUGCGGGGAUGCGGAUGUUCGCGAAUUGGCACGCCGCAUUGCUGACACCGAUAACCUAGUGCAGACGAUUAAUUCCCUACGCAGUGAAAAUGAUUUGGUAAAAAGACAACUCAUCGAGUUGACCAACUCCGUUAGUGAAGUUCAGUUGAUGUACCAGAAGGAGAGCUUCAGGGUAUGCGAACUGCAACUUGCCAAUGACAAACUUUCGAGCCAAUCAGAUACCGCACAAAAGGAGAUCCUGGCUCUGCAGGGCGAAAAGGUCCAAAAGAGUUUGUAUUAUAACCAAUUGGAGGAGGAGUGGAGAAACUCACUGGAGGAGGAGAAGAAACGAUACAAGGCCCUGGAAGCGAAAUUCAAUGAAUUACAUGACAAAUAUCAAAAGCAUUCCAAAGAGCAGAACGAUGUUUCGGAUAGCAAAUCACAACCGAAGAAGAAAUGUGAAAACAUUUUGCCAAGUCCUGGAAAAAAGCGAGAUUCAAAUAAAGCAUCCCGCAUGGUAUCCCGCGGGACUCAGUAUCAAUCGUCAACAACAACUAGAGCGACAUGCACUUCAGCGUUCAUCAAAAAACAAAACGUGGGGGUUAACUUUCCCGAAGUCGUGCCUAUUGCCAUUGAGGACAUCUUCCUCGAUACCCUGAUGGACAUUCCGAAUGUAUUGUCCCCAAUACAAGACAUAGUCGAUCCCAGCUUCUCCGUAUGUACCCAGACUGAAAGCCCUGUGAAAUCGACCGUUUCCAUUGGCACUUGCACCGACUUGUGUAAUGUCCGCAACGAGGUUAAUUAUGUAUCGGAAAAGUCGACGAGAGGUGUAAAACGAGACAUCGAUUGGGAGAAGGAAAUAAAAAGGUCGCACCCACAGCUAUCGGACCUGUGGGAACUGCUCGGUCAGACGAUUUUUGCUCUGAUAAGGAAUAAUGGUUGCUGUUCCGCCAAUUUCGAGGACUUUGCAAGUAGAAUUGAAGGAAUACGAAGUCACUAUGAGGGAGAUGGUCGCGUUUCUUCGUAUUUCCAUGGAAAUAAGACGUUUCCUGCUGUAAAUAUACCAAAGAAAGAAGUGAAUACUUCAUCUUGUAGUUCCCCGGCACCAGACAAUCCAAGAACAACGCAACAUGAAAGUAAUGCGGCGGAUGAACCUACAGGAUUCGACAGAAACGAUUCUCAUGAAUUUGAACAUUUAAAGGGCGAAUCAGACGAUAUUGAUUUUAGAUCGUACGAAGGCUGUCCGAAGCAAAGUAUUCCAGAUGAAACAGAUCCACCGGAUAAAAAUAUUGAAGACGAGAUACUAAAAGAUGCCUGCGUUGUUAUAAGUUCCCCUUCAGAUUCACACAGUGAUCUGGAAUUAUCAGCUAUCAAAGAAGAGUUCGCCAUGUUAGAUAAGAAAUUAUUAGUUAUAUCUCCUAUUCGGAAUUCGCCACAAAAACAACUUUCGAAAAAUUUACAAGUUAAGCAAAACCUAACUGAUAUAAUUAACAAACGUGAGGGCUGUGAAGUAAGUGCGUUCAAAACGCCUAAUUUAAAAGAUAGGACUGCACAAAGUUCCAUUUCUUCAUGCAACACAACCAAUAGUGCUUCGACCGGAAUGCAAUGUAAAACAACGGCUCAAUCGAGAGCUGAAAUCAGACUGGAAAGGAAGCGAGUUAAACGAAGAUUAAAAAGGCGUAAUGCCAAAAUUUAUAAACAAAUGGCGAAACGAAUCUCUAAUACUCCAACAGCGGCUGAGGAUUUAAAAGCAGCAGUUCUCAAAUAUAGCAUCGACUGGCAGAGAGAGUCUAUAGAAGAAAUUGCAAAGGUUGAGAAGGCAGACAUAGAAAAUAAUUAUUCUUCUAUUGAGUCUAACAAAAGGUUAUCACCAACCACAGUUUCGGGAAAUGACUCUACGUCCUCAUUUGAAAUGGUUCCCAGUUUCAAACGCAGUAAGGUCGAAAAUAUAGGAGACGUUUCACUAUCAAAUAAUAGAAAAAUGACCACUUCAGACACCAUUUGUAUCGAUGACACUUUAAAAGCGGACUCUGACCGACCCAAUUUAAAACUUUCAGAAAUAUCAGUUAAAAGUGAUGGAGAGGAAAUGAAUCACAUUUCAAAUGCACUACAAACCUAUGAAAAUACCAAGCAACAUUUGGAUUUCGCCUCGAGUAAAGACUGUUUAGAUAGUAGAUCUAGUGAAUCAUGGAUAGAUGAAUCUGCACGAAAUUCAUCUCUGAGCAAAUCUGCUGAGGGCAUGAAUGUAGGAAUUGUCGAGAGUUCGCAACCAUUGCCGGUGGCUACGGCAAAGGAUAUAUCUUUGAGUGAUGAAAGUGAUGAAGAAUUGUUUUAUGGAUUUCCUCUAGAUGAAACGCCAAAAUUUGACGAAGUUAAGAUUCCAGCACUUUCUCAAGAGGAAAGUCCACAAUCCCCCGACAUGUUUGAAGAAAUAUCUGCGGACAAUUAUGUACGUGAAAUACCGUUGGAAAGAGAAAUUGAAUAUGAUUCAGAUUACUCACCAGCGUCGCCUUUCUUCAAACAUGCCGAUCCAUCACAAAUUCCCCAAGAAAUUCCCUUAGAUCGAAUUGGAUAUAAUACAAAUAAAAUUAGAUCAAUUUUGGGUCAUUACAUAGCCGAAUAUAGUGCACCUAAGCAUCGCCUUUGUUCCAAAAAAUCUCGUUCCGAAACAGUGGCAGAAGGAAAAUUAUUAUGGUUGCUACGAAAAAUCAUGGAGAGAUAUUUAUUGGGGCCAGGAGAUGCAGUGGAAUGUAAGAAAUGUGCAAAACGGGUUGCGAGACGAACUGUUGGUAAAAAUCAAAUAUUAAUAACUGCAAUAUGUGAAAUAACUGAAGACACCAAAGACGAAAUUACAAAUGAUUUCACACCGCCGGCUCCUGUUAUGACGAAAUCUCACAUGAAAAUUUUGUUAUUAAUCAAAGCACUCAACCGAUUUGUUGUUGGAAUAGAGUCGGAACUUCUGUUUGCUUUAGAUCAGCGAAUAUUCAAUUUGAAAACCGAAAAAGUCAAUUUGAAUGUUUUGAUUAAUUUAUUCCUGUUAUAUAUUGGCAUAAUUGAUACUCAAGACCUAGAAGUCCAUCCUGCACGCUUGAUUAUGUACAAAAGCCUAUAUUACUAUUCUAAGAUGGCAAACCCCCUGAUUUAUUAUGUCCUAGUUACAUAUCCUGCUGCACUGCCGAAGAAAAGCGACCCUGACUAUGACAAUUCAGAUCCACUAGUGAGUACGUUGCAAGCAAUUCUGAACAGCCAGCAGUAUGAUGUGGGCAAAGGGGAUCUCAAAGAGCGCGAACUGUAUCACAUGCUCCAACUUUACUAUGAAUAUGAACGCGUAAAACCGUCACGAGAAGAAGUAGUUGAACUUCUGCUUUCAAAGAUUCGUUCGGACAGUUUCCGCAAUGUAAACUAUUCGUUUGCUUUGCUUUGCAAGCGGAAUGGGGUGAAAUGGAGUACACAAUAUGUACUCAGUGAUAAGUUACUGCCACUUCUAGGAGAGUACGCAAAUCUGCUAAAGGAAACAGAAGACCAUGACAAGAAGGUAGCGUGUAUCUUAGAUUGUAUUUCGGCCGUUUUGAAACCGUUUCCAGCCACAUGUGAUAUAGGUAUUUAUCGACAAAUGUUUGUGAAUGUUCUUUAUGAAACGAACCGUCAAAUUGUUCAGGAAGCUGCAGUUUUGUCAAUAUUACGUACGGCUAGAUUUGGGUAUGAACAAUGUUUCAAACUUAUCUACCAAUGGAAGCCAGCCUAUAAGUUAUCGAAAGUCUUAAGUUUAAGUCUGGACACUUUUGUACAUCGUAGUACUUUAAGGAAAUUGAAAAUGUUAGAGAGGCAAGUGAAAAUCGACUAAAUUUGAAUAUAUAUGUACAUUAGGCAUAGAUUAGUUCGUUAUGAUAUUUAUUGUCCAUUCGUUUGAAUUAUUUUAUUUAAAUUUGAAUUAGUAUUACAAUGAAUUACCUGUAUAAAUGUAAGUACCAAUAAAAAACAAAUGGAGAA